AGCGCUUUCAUCGAGUAACUGUUAUUAGAGCGAAUUGGGUGGUCUAAAGAAACCUUGACUUAUCUCUAAGCUUGUCUUUGUCAGGAUGAGCUUUAACCGAGGCAAUGAUGGGAAGCCAAGGGGUUUUGGAUUCAGUGGAUUCUCUGUGGGGAAUAAGAAAGCACUGGAAAAUCCAGGGUUUUCUCUCAACUUUGGUGGAGCAGCAUCCAGAGCAUUCGGCCAUGGAACAAAAAUAGGGAGAAGGAGAAUAAAAAGCGAGGAGGAUUACUUUGAUGAUGAUGAUGAGGCAGUUAAUGAGGCGGACUUGGAGUACCAGCCAGCGCCAGGAAGUCCUGGGCAUGAUGGGAAGGGGGACAGUAAAGAGGGCGGAUAUGGUAGCGAUGAAAGCGAUGAUCCUCUGGAUGCCUUCAUGGCAAAUCUGGAGCAAGAAGAGCUGGGAGUAAAACCCAGUGCAGAAGCUGAAGUGAAGAAAGGUUCAGAUAGUGCUAAGAAAGAAAAAGAGAAAAAAGGAGUGCGUGAUGAUAUUGAGGAGGAGGAUGUUCAGGAAGCAUAUUUUCGCUACAUGGAAGAAAACCCCAAUGCAGGGCUUAAUCCAGAAGAUGACAUUGACAUAGAGUAUGACCAAGAUGGCAAUGCCAUUAUAACAGAAAAGCACAAGAUCAUAGACCCUCUCCCUCCCAUUGACCACUCAGACAUUGACUACGAUCCCUUCGUAAAAAAUUUCUACACAGAACACGAGGAGAUUGCUCGGUUGACCUACCCUGAGGUGCUAGAGCUGAGGAAAAAACUUAAUACAAGGGUCAGUGGGCUUGACCCCCCAAAACCUGUGUCCAGUUUUGCUCACAUGGGCUUUGACGAGGCACUGAUGCAGGGGAUACGGAAGAUGGGUUACACCCAGCCGACGCCCAUCCAGGCCCAGGGAGUCCCCAUAGCCCUCAGUGGGCGAGAUAUCAUAGGGAUUGCCAAGACUGGCAGUGGCAAAACAGCAGCAUUCUUGUGGCCACUGCUUGUACAUAUUAUGGACCAGAAAGAGUUAAAGCCAGGGGAUGGCCCCAUAGGACUUAUAUGUGCCCCCACCAGGGAGCUGUCACAACAGAUCUACCAUGAAGCCAAGAGGUUUGGUAAGGUGUAUAACAUCCAUGUGGUCUGUGCCUAUGGUGGCGGGAGUAUGUGGGAACAGACCAAAGCUUGCCAGGAGGGGGCGGAGAUCAUCGUCUGCACACCGGGUCGUCUUAUAGAUCUUGUGAAGAAGAAGGCCACAAACCUCACACGAGUGACGUACUUGGUAUUUGACGAGGCGGACAGGAUGUUUGAUAUGGGAUUUGAGCCUCAAGUAAGAUCAAUAGCCAAUCACGUGAGACCAGACAGACAGACUCUGUUGUUCAGUGCGACAUUUCGUAAGAGGAUUGAGCGGUUGGCGCGGGAUAUCCUGACAGACCCUGUACGAGUGGUACAAGGAGAUUUGGGAGAGGCCAAUGAGGACAUCACACAGGUAGUGGAGGUGCUGCCCCCUGGCGGUGCGAAGUGGGUGUGGUUGACAUCACGACUCGUGGAGUUCAUGUCAGUUGGAAGUGUCCUAAUAUUUGUAACAAAGAAAGCCAAUAGUGAGGAGCUGGCAACAAAUCUCAAAGCAAGAGAUUUUAAAGUGGGUUUACUGCAUGGAGAUAUGAGCCAGCAAGAAAGAAAUGAGGUCAUCAAUCAGUUUAAGAAGAAAGAAAUCCCUACUUUAGUGGCAACCGAUGUGGCAGCUCGAGGUCUUGACAUCCCUUCCAUUAAAACAGUAGUGAAUUUUGACGUAGCCAGGGAUAUUGACACUCACACUCAUAGGAUUGGAAGAACAGGAAGAGCAGGUGAGAAGGGCAUGGCCUACACACUGGUCACUGAGAAGGACAAAGAAUUUGCGGGUCAUCUGGUGCGGAACCUGGAAGGUGCCAGCCAAGAAGUCCCCAAGAAACUCAUGGAUCUCGCUAUGCAGGCAAACUGGUUCCGUAAAUCACGUGUACGCCAGGGUAAAGGAAAGAAGUUAAAUGUCGGGGGUCAAGGUCUUGGAUUCCGGGAGCGACCGGGACUGGGAUCAGGAGGAACACAGGUGACGGAUACUUCCACACCAGGGGGAAGCAUUGGUACCAGUACCAAAGCACCAACCAGUUUCAGUGCGUAUGAGCCGUCACGGUCAGCAGGGCCGCAGAGUGACAGAGUAGCCGCCAUGAGGGCAGCCUUUUCUGCUCAGUUUAAAUCAAACUUUGUCAGCGCCAGUGACAAAGACUCAGCCUGGAUAGGAAAUCCUGAACAUGUAAACUCGGGCACUUAUCAGGACAUUAACCAAGAGGGCAGACCUGAGAAAAAGAAACGGAAAACAAGAUGGGAGUGACAGGUGCAGGGGAUGAAAACUGUGUAAUAAAUGGAAAUAUGUGGCCGUUUACACUAAAAUAGAAAGAAAUAUUUGGUCAUUUACAUUGAGAACUUCAUGAAAGUGGCCUGGGUAAAAAGACUUAAUGUUUCUUUGAAUCAUUUUAGAUAACAAUGGAUACUGUGAGAGAGAAUGAGAGAUUUCAGUUCAGUCUUUUUAUUUUGAAAAGAAACAUUUUUCUUACUUUUUAUAUUUGCAUUAAAACCUGUAAAUACUGUUACAUAUAUUUGUAAUAUAGCAUUUCAAAAUAUUUCUAUCACUGCAUCAAGUAACUGUAAUACUGACUUGUAACUAUGAUAAAAUGUUGAAAAACUAUGUAAAUUUGGUAGAUUGUAGACAAAACUCGAUGGCAAAUGACAUACUGUAAAUGUGAACUGUAUGACUUAUGCAUGGAUGAGCUUUUACAAUUCAUAAUAAAGCACUGUGUGCUACACAAAAUAAAUCCAUCAUAACAAACAACUCAUCAUAUUGGAACACAGCAGUUUACUUGAACAUCAGAGAAAUAAAAUGGACAAAAUACCAAAAAGUAGUCUAUGUCAGUAGAGUUAACUGCAAUAACUGUUGACUAAAUUUAUCAUUAUAAAUGUGUGUGGAUGAUAAUUUAAGAACAAACAAAAAGUGUCAAGAUCACUUUUACCAAUACUGAAAAAUGUCUGUCUGUUGAACUUAAAAUUACAAGUUGAUGUCUUGGAAAAGAU